AUGGGGGUACCUGUGGAUCCUCUUGAAUGGCAGAUUUCUCAGGAUACAACCAAUAGUAUUUUUGCCUGCCUGGCUAAUACAAUCGGGGCAGCUGAAUCUAUCUUGAGGGUUGCUCCAACAGGCCAUGACAAAAGGCUAUUCUUUAAGGUGAUUGCUAUUAUGUAUCUCCUAGCAUCAUUGGGAAGAUUGGCAUUAGGAGCCAUUGUUGCAUAUGCUGGAACAAAAAUGUUGACAAGGCAGUGGAUGUAUAAUCGGAAUCUACCAGGAAGACAAGGAUUGACCAAUAAAUUCAUUCUUGGGGUUGAUGAAUUUAUUCAAUUUGCAAUUAAUCAAGAUGACUCAUAUAAAAACGGCGAAAAUAUUAGGUGUCUUUGUUUCAAGUGCAAAAAUAGGAGAUUCCUUCAUCCAAAUGAUGUCACUUUGCAUUUGUAUCGCCGGGGGUUUAGAGAGUGCUAUUGGAAUUGGACAUGCCAUGGUGAAGAAGUAUUCCCAAUUAGUGAAGAGCUUAAUGAGGUUGAUGAUCAGACUUCAUAUCAUAUAGCACAGGAGGAUGAGCAGAUGACUUGGGAUCAAAGGAUGAUAUAUGAUUGUCUUCGUUCUCAUGUUCCACCAAUGCAUGAAUCUCAUUGUUAUGAUGAAGCUAGUCCAAGUGUGCAACCACCAUUAGAUGAGUCAGUUUCGGGUUUGCAGAGUGAUGAAAUAAGUCAAUUGUCUAACAGAUUUUUUGAUAUAUUAAAAGCUGCUGAUCAACCCCUAUAUGUGGGCUGUGAGAAUCACUCUAAGUUGUCUUUCGUUGCUAGGAUGUUAUCUAUCAAAUCUGAUGCUAAUAUGUCUGAGGCUAAUUUCAAUACCAUGGUCACCGCUAUUAAGGAGGUUCUUCCAUCAGAUAACACAAUGCCGACUGAUUACUACCAUCAUAGAAAAACUAUGAACGAAUUGGGUUUACCCGUGGUUAAAAUUGAUGCUUGCAAAAAUGGUUGCAUGUUGUACUGGAAGAGUGAUGCUAAUGAAGUUUUUUUGCAAAUUCUGUAAUGAGCCAAGGUAUAAACAAUUGAAGAGUCAACGUGGUGUACCUGAUAAUCGCCCACGUAAAAGAAUUGCACAGGCGAUACUAAGAUACUUGCCACUAACUCCAAGAUUACAAAGGUUAUAUGCUUCUAAUGCUACAGCAACACAUAUGUCUUGGCAUGCUACACAUGAAAGAAAUGAUGGGGUAAUAUGUCAUCCAUCUGAUGCUGAGGCAUGGAAUCAUUUUGAUAAAACUUAUCCUGAUUUUGUUAAGGAACCUCGCAACAUUCAAUUGGGCCUCUGUGCAGAUGGCUUUUCACCGCAUGGACAAUUUGGGAAGACUUAUUCAUGUUGGCCAGUAAUUGUGACUCCUUACAACCUUCCACUGGGCAUGUGUAUGAAAACUCCUUAUAUGUUUUUAUCACUAAUUUGUCCUAGGCCUAAAAAUCCAAAGAAGAACAUAGAUGUUUUUUUGCAACCUUUGAUUGAAGAGUUGAAUAAUUUGUGGAUUGUUGGUGCCAUGACUUAUGAUAUUUCAAAAGAUGAAUAUUUUUGUAUGAGGGCUGCACUUUUGUGGACGAUUAGUGAUUUUCCUGCUUAUGGAAUGUUAUCAGGAUGGAGUACUGCUGGGGUAUUAGGAUGUCCAGUAUGUAUGGAGAAUUCCAAUGCUUUUUACCUACAACAUGGUAGAAAAGUAAGUUAUUUUGAUUGUCAUCGGGUAUUUUUACCUCGAAAUCAUUCCUACCAAAAGGAUAAGAAGUCUUUCAUCCGAGGAAGAAUAGAAAAGAGUGAUCCAUCUCCAAUGUUGUCGGGGGAGGAAAUUCUUCAUCAAGUAAUGUUUUUCCCAAUGGCCAUAGAGGACCCCAUUAACACACCUGCAGAGUAUAGAAAAAGUCACCAAGUGGACGAAAAGAAGUAUUUUUUGGAAUCUACCAUAUUGAAAAACUAACUUGAUCCGGCAUAAUCUUGAUGUGAUGCACAUAGAGAAAAAUGUGUUUGACAACGUCUUCUAUACUGUGAUGAAUGUGAAAGGGAAGAGUAAAGAUAAUGCUAAGGCCAGGAAAGAUGUUGGAAUUCUUUGCGACCGUAAGGAGAUAGCAAUUCCUUCAAAUAGUACAAGUCAGACUAUUCCGAAAGCAUUAUACACCUUGACCAAAGAGCAGAGGAGGGUUAUUUGUGAAUGGCUUCAGAAUUUGAGAUUUCCAGAUGGUUAUGCUUCUAAUAUUGGAAAAUGUGUUGAUAUGAAUGCAUUGAAAAUUACCUGCACGAAGAGUCACGACUGCCAUGUGUUUAUGCAGAGACUUAUCCCGAUUUCUUUUAGAGAAAUGUUACCCUCGUUCAUAUGGAAUCCAUUGACAGAAUUGAGUAUAUUAUUUUAGACAAUAUGCUCUGCUAUGCUUGACAUUGAUAAACUUAUGGAGUUAGAAAAAAAAAAGGUUGCGGUGAUUUUAUGUAACUUGGAGAAAAUAUUCCCUCCGUCUUUCUUUGAUUCUAUGGAGCAUCUCAUUGUUCAUUUGCCUUAUGAGGCUAGAAUUGGAUGUCCUGUUAAAUAUAGAUGGAUGUAUCCCUUUGAGAGGUUUCUUUAUGAUUUGAAAAAAACAUUGAAGAAUAAGGCACAUGUUGAGGGUUCAAUUUGUCAAGCUUAUAUUGCACAAGAAAUCAAUAUUUUUGCAAAACAUUAUUUUGAACCUCAUAUAUCAUGUAAAAGGAGGAGACCUCCACGAAAUGAUGAGGGGGUAAAUGAUGCUGCCUUCGAACCUUUCUCUAUAUUUAAUU